AUGCCCUCUUCAACCGAACUCAUGCUCUCAACACCCUCCAUUACCCUUUCCUACCCCAAUCCUCCAACAAGAGCUCGCUUCUCGUGUUCCUUCAGCACUCCUCGACGUAUGGCCGCUCCAUCCAGGCCAGCUUCUUCUCUCAAUUCCUCCUUCAACCGCCUCAGCUCGGAGCUCCUGGUCCUCAUCUUUGAACAGCUUCGGGAUAUUGAUACGCGGUCCGUCUUGUCUGUGCGUCUAAUCUCAAAGAGGUUCGAUGCCAUAGCCACACCUACGGCCUACCGCUUCCUGACUUUGAACGAGCAUCUCGUCGCUCCAGACGCUGAGCAACAAUACCCCAAUGUCUUUGAUCACAUUUCUCUUCACACAAAUCAUGUCGUCGUUCCAAGCAACCUAGACCCCGAUGGCAUCUCAAGGGUGUUAUCGUGUAUCAGGAGGUUGAGCUCCAUACGCUGGCAAUACAUCGACAGCGACAUUCACGCUGCUGGCAUGUGGCUGCCUUCUGAUCUUCUUAGCUCGAAUGACAGCAAGUUCAGGGACACCAAACUCCACGUUGAGGACUUGCCCAUGCGAAACUUUGACAGCAACCUGGGAGAUGUCUUCACGAAAGCCAUUCCCGCAAAGCACCUAACAACUUUGAGACUGGCGAACCCGACUCCAGCAUUGUCUACUCGACUUAGCUCACUGAAGAGUCUUCUUGUCCAGGCUUCACAGAUUAGGACAUUCCACUAUGAGGACCGCGGACAGGGCACAUGCUUCAACUUUCUACCGAGAGACCGCAUGCCUGCCUUCACCAACCUGCGCCUACGAUCAUACGACUGGAAUCAUGCGGCAGAGGAUGUUCGGAAACACUGGGACUUUUCCCGGAUAGAGUCCCUUGAACUGGUCUCUGUGCCCGUCUUUCACUUUCUGAGAUCUGUGUCUUUCAAGGACUUUGCGAAGCUACACUCGCUGCAAGUUGAAGACUACAGCGCUCACCUACCGGACAAGAGAGAAGAUGCCACAGCUGGACUUUAUCUACUCAUCAAGAAUCACAUUCGGGCACUCGAGGUUUUGGAUAUUACCUGCCACACCAAGCUCUUUCCACUAGAUGCCAUCAUGAAGCAUCAGCGCUCAUUACGGGUGUUCCGAUUCCGGGAUCACACUGGGUUCUCCGAAGAUGACGAAAGGUGCCCGACCUUGCUGCCAAACGACUUGGCGAUGCUCUCGCAACGGCUGCAAUCUGUUCACACGCUUGAACUCGACAUGGACGUGAGAAUGUGCAAUGCGACCGCAUUCCUGCGAGCAGUUUGUGCUUUCCCGGCACUCCAUACCCUGACCCUUCACGUCCAAACAGUGGUUCAGCCUUUUGAAGAUAUAGCUCCCGGGAACGACUACGACUACGAAGCAGCGAUGGAGACUUUCCGCCUUCUCAUUCAAGGGAAGCAUGCGAUGAAUUCUUCCGCCUCUUGGAAGCAGAUUACUAUUAAUGUCGGGGGCUGGAGGCGUGUUAUGGUCCGGAGACUAAGCAGCGCAUGGCGAAGGCAGAACGAAAUGGGCAUCUACGCUGAAAGAUGCUUCGUCCUUGAGAACGAUGCUUGGACCGGGAAUAUCGCGGUGCGGGAGGAGAUGUGCGUGGAGAACACAAGCCGCGGGGGAAGUCCAAUUCCAUGA